AUGGCUUAUCGGAUGGCUACCUGCGAGCGGGCUGCAGUGUGCUCCUCGCUCGCUCCCCGCUCGGCUCGGCAUGUGAGGCGGAACGGCGACCGCGCAGCGCGCGCGGGUGUGGAGAACGUGAUCAUCUGCUGCCGACGCGAUCGACCGCCGGGCUUCGGCCCCUCGCCGGCGCAGCGCCGGCGAGGGCGUGCGCAGUUUGAAAUUGCAAGCAACACCCGCGCUCGUGCGGACCGCACGACCAGCUUCCUGCUCGCGCCGCCCUCGCUGUGGCCCGGCGUCUCCGCCGGCGGCUGGUGCGUCAAGGUGAUGAAGAGCACCACCAAGCCUGACGUCACCACGGUCAAGUUCAACGACUCCACGGUGACCUUCUCGUUCGCCGUGGUUGCCUCAUGGAAGCCCGUCUCCUAG